UAACAAACGUGCCUAAAUUAUACCUUGCCCAGCAUAUAAAUAGGAUAUAGAUUAUCGUUAGUUCUAUCAGAAAAUCUUAAAAUGGAUUCAAAAUAUUCAUUGACCAACAAUUCUAAUGUACGGCUUAUAUCAACGAAUUUUGCAACUAAGCGGAAAACUGAGGCAGUCAAAUCUGAUAUGGACGUGAAAAAUAAAUUCACCUACCCGCUGUCCACGCCUCAAAACACGGUACCUGUUGUACCAGCUAGUAAAAGAAAUUGCGUUGGACAACAAAAAACCUCGUUGCCAGUGUACAAUUGCCGACAUAGAAUAUUGAAGGAGAUAGAAUGUAAUGACACUGUUUUAAUUAUGAGUGAAACAGGAUCAGGAAAAACAACACAAAUUCCCCAGUUUCUUUUACAUGAAGGAUAUGCAAAGAGUAACAUGAUUGGUAUUACUCAGCCACGUCGAGUAGCAGCAAUCACAGUUGCAAAGCGAGUCGCGCAGGAGUUGUCAAGUAGUGUUGGCGAUAUUGUGGGAUAUACAGUUCGUUUCGAGGAUCUUACUUCAAAGAAUACAAAAAUUCGUUAUCUGACAGAUGGUAUAUUAUUGCGGGAAUCUAUAGAAGACCGCCUUUUGCUCAAAUAUUCUGUAAUCAUUCUGGAUGAAGCUCAUGAACGUACUGUAAAUGCCGACUUAUUAUUUGGAAUUGUAAAAGAAGCUCAAAAGGAAAGAAGUAGAAAAAACUUAGCAACUCUAAAAAUUGUGAUUACCUCUGCAACAAUGGAUAUUGAUCAUUUCGGAAAAUAUUUCAAGUGUAAGGGAUUGUAUUUAGAGGGAAGAACGCAUCCCGUCCGUGUAUUGCAUGCCAAGGAACCACAUGAUGACUAUAUCCACGCGUUACUAGUAACACUUUUUUAUAUUCAUCGAACUGAACCAAUCAACCAUGAUGUUUUAAUCUUCCUAACGGGACAAGAAGAAAUUGAAGCGUUGGCUCGACAAAUUCGAACACUUUCGAAGAUAAAUGUAAAUGGGACCACAAACGUACGUGUUUGUACAAUGUACGCUCAAUUAUCACACAACAUGCAGCUGGAAUGUUUUUUGCCGUGUCCAUCAAAUGUACGGAAAAUUGUGUUAGCCACAAAUAUAGCUGAAACGUCAAUUACCAUACCUGGUAUACGCUGCGUCAUCGAUUGUGGAUUUGUAAAAGAGAAAUAUUUUAAUUCCGUUGACGGAAUUGAUAUUUUAAAAACCGUUCGAAUAUCAAGAGCACAAGCAUGGCAACGCACUGGUCGAGCGGGUCGUGAUGCACCUGGAAUAUGUUACCGGGUGUAUACAAAAAGCGAAAUGGACUCUUUUAUGAACUUGACUCAGCCGGAAAUUCUUAGAACAAACCCGACCUCAACAGUGCUUCAUCUCUUGGCUAUGGAUGUAGACUGCAAUAAUUUUGAUUUUUUAGAUGCUCCAUUAGAAGAAUCACUGACUAGUGCAUACAGAAGUUUGAGUGGUCUUGGGGCUAUAGAUUAUGGCUCUAUAUCGUGUAUUACACCUUUGGGUCGUUUAAUGUCCCAGUAUCCAUUAGAUCCCAAGUAUUCUAAAUUGUUAAUAUCAGCUUCAAAAGUUGGUUGUAUGGAGGAAAUGUUACGCCUUGUUUCAGUCCUUUCGAGUGAUAAUAUUUUUAUUUCAAGCAUCGCUAAAAAUGAAUUGGCUUCACUUGCACAUGCCAAGUUUAGCUCUAAGCAUGGAGAUCAUUUAACGCUGCUAAAUGUUUUUAAUUUAUUUUUAAAGACAGACCAGCAGAAGGUGUGGUGUCAGGACAAUUAUUUAAAUUACCGCAGUCUAAUAUACGCUCGUAACAUUUGUCGUCAAUUGUCAGAAAUAAGCGAGCGAUUGGGCCUAACUAUUAACAGCUCGGAAAACAUUGAAUCGUUUAAAAAAUGUCUUUUAAGCGGAUUUUUCGAAAAUAUUGCAAUAUUGCAAAAGGACGGUUCUUACUUAACUUGUUCCGGCAAUCUUAAGGCUAAAAUUCACCCUUCAAGUGUCUUUCACCUAAAGUACAAACCCAAAUGUAUAUUGUUUACUCACUUUGUUCAAACGGAUAAUUACUAUCUUCGACUAGUCACAGAUAUACAUAUGGACUGGGCCAAAGAACUAGUACCGAGUCUAAGAAGCCAAAAUAAAAUACUAAAUAAUUGUUAAA